GCUUUUAAUUCACACCCCAGGGGGCGGGGGCGGGCCUGGGACCUGCCCUUCUCCAGGGCUCGGCCACAGGUCCCCGCCAGCCCCUCUGGCCCUCUUGGCCUCCCAGCCCAUCCCGUAGCUGAGUGCUCAUGGCUGAUCUGGACCCCCAUACCUGAAGUUCAGGACUGAGGUGGCGGCAUAGGGGCAGCCGUGGUAUAUGUCCCCUUGGGCUCUGGCCAUACAGGUCUCCCUCUUGAGUUGGGGUCCGUGAGCUGGACCCCUCCCUCCACUAUGCGUUCCUCCCCCUGGGGCUAAAUCCAGCUCCUUUGCCCCCCCACUUGUGGGCUGGGGCAUGGCCAAUGUCAAGGGCCCCUGGCCGGGGAACCUCCAGGGAGCACUACAGGCUCCGCCUCUGCCUGGCUGCCCACCUGCUCUGCUCUCCCUGGCGGCUCCUCCCCUGGCUCCCCCCUCCCCCUUGCUAGGUUGACUGCCCACCUGGGGCUCUGCUUGCCCUACCUGACCCAUGUCCCCUUCUCUGUGCCCCAGUCACUGGGCUUGGGACCCUCUGGGUCUCACCCAUCCAGCCCUCUGCCUAACAGGUUGAUUUUCCUCGCUGAGCCCACACCUGUGGUUACCUGGCCCUGCCUGCUGCCCCGCCCACCUCCCACCUGUUUGCCUUUUGCCUGCCUCUCCCCAAGGGCAAGGAGGCCCUCCCCCUCAGGGUGGCCCAAGUUUCCAGUUGGUCUCCAGUGCUCAUGGCACACCUCCCCUACCAUCCUCAGAGGCCUCCUCCCACGGGCCUGGCCUCCCAGGCUCUGAGUGCCCGUGGGCUGCAGCCAGAGCUUUGUCCUGCUCCCUUCCCCCCACCCCAGUGCCCCCAGGCCCCUUGUCAUCAUGUCCUACCGGGCCUGCCUGUACGGCUGUCCUGUACCCACGAGUCCCAGGCUCUGCCUUGCCCCCGGCCUCAUGGCCGGUCUGGGGGCUGCCACCUGGCCCGUCGCUUCUCUUCUUGCGCCCCUCCUCUUGCACCUUCUCCUGUCAUUGCCAUCCCUACGAGCCACCUCCCUCCACCGAAAACCAGGCUGCAGGUCAGCCCGUCCUCGACACCCUGACGGCGACAGUCGGCUGAAGAACUGGAUGGAAGAGGCAGAAGAGUUGCCCUGGACCGGCGCUCCUGCAGGACGGUCACCUGGCAUCUCAUGCCCACCUGGUGCCUCGCGACUCCCUCCUGGUUUGGGCUGCAGCCGUCUCAAAUCCUCCGUGGGACAGGACCGUGGACACGCCACCCCAGUACCCUCCAGCUCCAAAAUCCCUCCACAGCCACGGGGAUACCUGCACGCGUUCCCAUGGGACAGGCCGGACCCAAAGACUCUGGACCCGGGCCACUCCCCUGCGUGGAGGGGCGCGUCCUCCCCGCCUCCCCGCCCUCUGACCGAUGGACUUCACUGAUUUGAGUGUCAGACACGCGGGCUGGACCCCUCCCCACCCCUCAUGAACCCUGAGACUUGGGGGAGCGCCGAGCCUCGCUGUCCGCGUCUGUGAAAUGGGAUCGGACACCUACCUCACAGGGCUGUUGUGAGGAGCAUGUGACGCGGUCGGAAAGUGCCCUCCCGGGGGCUUGGCGCACCCCGUUGUGCUCUCAAUAAAUGUGUUUCUUGC